AUUAAACCUUUUUUUUAUCUUAUUUUAUUUGCUUUCUUUCGUCGUACAGAUGACUGAGGCCAUGGACGCUGUUUGAAAUCCUCUGCUCCUACUUGUUUUUCUGUUGCAGCCCUUUGGAAUUUUCUCUGGAGAAAAGGAAUCAUUUUUUGGCUCCCCAAAAAAUGGUGCAAGGUGUGACAUUGAGCACUCUGGCAACCUGUGGAAAGAGCAGGUUCUGUGGAUCAUCCCCAUCUUGGAUGGAACCCUUUGAGCCAUUUAAGAGGUCCAAGAUAACCUCUAUUACUGGCAGACAUUUGGUUUGGAAUCACUGUGUGCAGAGCUUGUUCCUAAUUGGGUACCCUUAUGUGGCAAGGCACAGUGAUUUUAAGGCUGAAGCAGCAUGGAUGUUUAGAGGGGGAGAGCAGGGGUUGGAUGCAAGUGCUGAGCACAGUGAAAGUGCUAAUGAGGAUAUCUUGAUGUUCUUCUUUCAGCUAGACUUGGCCACAAGAGUACAGUAUGCUUUAAAUUUGGAGCAGUAUGACAUUGCUCAGCAGCUGAGGAACAAACUUACUGAGGUUGAAGAAGAGGUAAUCAAGCAACAACAGUCAAAAAGAGGAUUGUCUUCGAAAAGUGAAGCUCAAGAUAAAGCUCUAAGUAUUAUACGUCUUCGUUCAGACCUCCAGAAAGCCAUUGAGAAUGAGGAUUAUGCCGUUGCUGCUGAAUUACGUGAUAAAAUUUCCAAACUUGAAGCAGAGUCUUUAGCUGCAUCAGCUAAAGCUUUGGCACAUGAAAAUGCUCAAUAUGCAUUCCGCUUGGGACAGAAAGUCAGGCAUAAAAUAUUUCGCUAUAAAGCUGUGAUCUGUGGAAUGGAUCCAGUAUGCUGUGAAUCAAGUUCAUGGAUGGAAAAUGCACAGGUUAAGAAGUUGUCUCGGGGUUCCACUCAACCGUUUUAUCAGGUUCUUGUUGAUGUACAUGCUGAACCGAAUAUACUCGUGGCAUAUGUUCCAGAGGAGAAUCUUUUAACCCCUGACCAACCAGACACGGGAAGGUAUGAUCAUCCCUACAUCUCUUUUCUAUUCUAUGGAAUGGAUUCAGCUGGAGAUUUCAUCCCAAUUAAGCAACUGCGGGAGAAGUACAACAGACCACGGCACGAAAUACCUAUUGACCCACCAAAUGAUGAAGAUGGAGGGAAAGCUUAGAUUAGUAAUGUGAGAGUAUAUAUUCACUGUUUAUGUGGCCUUCUGGGGACUGAGAAGUUGAAAAUCUUGUGACAAAUUAUUGAAGGAAUGGGUUGAUCAGCUUGGCAGGAAUCAUAAAUGACAUGAAAGCAUUCCUAGUGUUACUUGAUGAUGAUGACGGCUUUUCUAUAUGGUCACUCCCAUAUUAUAUUCUGUUGUAGAAGUUUUCAAUAUGAGUCUUUAUCAGCAGUGAAAGUACUGAUAACUGAACCUCGCCUCCAUAUGUAUGUACAUAGUUAUGGAAAAAAUAUUACCUCCUAUUUCCAUCCUGAAAUGGGAGAGAUUGUGUUUGUAAUUUAGCAUUUUUUUUUUACGGGUGCAACUAAUUGCAUUGUGA